CGGGCCCAUCCCCAGAGCCCCGCCCACCGUUCAUGAGCUGUCUGUUGGGAUGGGGCCAUUGGUCAGUUGGAGCCGACAGCCCCCAGCGCCGGCAGCACGGAGCUGUGCUGGCCCGGAGCGGCACUGGGAGGAGGCAGGGUCUGGCCUAGCAGCGCUGACCGGGCUCUGGCAAGAUGCUUCCCAUCGUUGCUGUCCCCGGCUGGGCUGCGUCCUUGGUGCAUAGCAAGGGUCCUCCUGUCCCAGGCAGGAUGGGCCAGGCCAACGGCUGCUGCGGCUCCAGGGACGCUCUCGCCGACGCAGAGCCAGUGCUGAGCGCAGACGUGCAGCUGACCUGGGGCUGCAAGAGGAGCGAGAGGCACCUUCUCCUCCUCCAGGAUGAACUGAGGUGGCACCACCCUGCGCCCACAGCUCCGCCUGGCCCUGGACCAGCUGUGGGUGCUGAGCGACGGGAAGGAGACGGCAUGGGAGGAAGCGGCGGAUGGUGUCGGCAGCCUCGAGAGGAGCUCCCUCCUCUUCCUCUGGCCCAGGGGCUCCUGCACUGCCGCUUUCGGCUCCCGGGUGCUGAAGGAGCUUUGGUUGCACAAAUUGCUGGGGACACCCAAUGGAAGCAAGAAGCCCCGAGUGACCCUCGUCCUGUCACUCAAGCUCCUGGAGAAGGAGCAGAGCUGCCGCCAUGCUUGCAGGCUGCUCAGCACCAGGAGCCUGGAGAAGCUGGUGGAGAUCCAGUCAGAGGCUGAUGUCAAGGAAGGGCCUCCGACAGCCCCGUCGAGCAGUGAGGGAGGACUUUGCCGCUCACCAGGUUGGGCAGCCUGAGGAAAGAUGUCAGCUGGAGGAGAAAGGACAGUGCCGGGCAGUGGCCGCUGGAUGUGGUUCUGCGGGGACACAGGGCCUCUGCUGCUGCCCACAGCCUGGAGGAGGACAAAGCCAGGGCUGGGCCAGACUGUCCUGGGAACAUGCCGGCUCUCAGGAGCCCCCAAGCUGGAGCUGUUGAGCUGAAGCCACGGUUCCAGUUGCCAGUCCCUGCCCACCCUGCCACACCGCUCAGCACUGUGCUGAAGGCAGGUCACGUCAGGGUAGGGUAGGCUCUGGAAGCGCUGGCCCGGCGGCACCCACUGACAAACUCUUGCUCUCUUUUCCUUUGCAGCAGGAGGAACCAGCAGCAGCAGCAGGAGGAGGAGGGGGCUGCCCUGGCCCUUUGCUCUGUGGCGGAGCCUGGCCACUGCCCUGGCGCCAGGGCAGGUGGGCUCUGGCUGCAGCAGGGCGCUCUUUGGGCAGCCUCUGGCAGCCCUCUGUGGGGAGGAUGGCACGCUGCCCCAGCCCAUCCAGGAGCUGCUGGCCGUGCUGCAGCAUGAAGGGCCAUCGACGGAGGGAAUAUUCCUCAGAGCUGCCAGCAGGACAGCGCUUCGAGAGCUGUGGGAGGCCCUGGACCACGGUGCAGAUGUUGACAUGGGAAGCCAGCCUGCGCUGCUGCUGGCCGCCAUCCUGAAGGAAUUUCUCCAGAGCAUCCCCUACACUCUCCUCAUGAUCGAGCUCUACGAGGACUAGAUGGCGGUGAUGCAGAAGGCCAGCAGGGAGGAGAAGAU